GAACUCGUAAGAACACUAUGUCACAGCUUCAAGGCUCCCACGCUGCUCGACCUCCACAAGGAGAUCGCCUCCAUGGUGUAUCACGAUCCGGUCUUCGUGCUUCCGAAUGAGCUCAUGCUGGACAUCUUCUCCCACCUCACACCUCGCGAGCUACUCAUUGCAUCCCAAGUCUCGAAACCGUGGCGAGAGCGCACGCACGACGAGCGUCUAUGGCGGAACUGCUUUUAUCGGGAGGGGUGGAUCGUGGACAAGAGCAAGAUGGCAGGAUCGGAAGAGCUGGCAAAACGAAAGGGCGCGAGGGUCGCGGAACGUGUCAUGCGUACAGCAAAGCCCGGCGGUGGUUUGACCAGAAAGAGUAGUCGGAAGAGACCACGCGAUGAAGCCUUUAGUGAGCCGGAGCCUGCUCGAACAACAGACACAGGUGGUCAUAUGGAGGGAGUGGAGAGCACGAGCGGCAGUACAUUGGCGACAAAUGGCAGUCCUUGCGGGAAAGGAGCCCCAAGUGAAAUGGAGAGCGAUUCUGACUCGAUGCUUGACGACCCCUCAUUCAAUCCCGCAGAUGUCAAAAUCACACCAACUGUCUUUAGCGCAGCAAGAGAGCCCAAGGUCAGCUGGUCAUACCUUUAUAAGCAACGCAGAAGGCUUGAGAAGAAUUGGGAGACUGGUACCUACAAGAUGUUCCGCCUACCUCACCCCCAGCACCUCGAAGAAGGUCACACGGAAUGCGUCUACGCUAUACAACAUCGUGGCAACCAUCUUGUUUCUGGCUCUCGCGACCUGAGCAUCCGCAUAUGGGACCUCAAUACUUGCCGGCUGUUGAGAGAUCCACUGCUCGGACAUGAAGCAAGUGUUCUCUGUCUGCAAUUCGACGAUGCUCCUGGUGACAAGCAUGAUGUGAUUAUCAGCGGAGGAAGCGACAAUCUGGUCUUGGUGUGGAGAUUCUCAACCGGCCAGGUAUUGAAGAAAUUUUACGCGCAUACCGAAAGUGUUCUCAACCUGCGCUUUGACGACCGUUAUCUUGUGACCUGCUCCAAGGACAAGUCGAUCAAGAUCUGGAACCGCCACGAUAUCGAAGUCCACGAUGAUAUUGUGCCCAAGCGCGUCAUCUCUCAACUUACCCCGAACCUCGGCGCGGACAUGCAGCUGAGCUCAUAUACUCUUCUGGACACUUUCACCGGCCACCAAGCGGCGGUCAAUGCCGUGCAGAUCCAUGGAGAUAUUAUCGUGUCGGCAUCUGGCGACCGUACCAUCAAAUCCUGGGAUAUUCACGCCGGCGGCCACAGAAAACAAUACAGCGGUCAUACCAAAGGCAUAGCAUGCGUACAGUUCGACGGUCGUCGAAUCGUCAGCGGCUCCUCCGACAACACUGUUCGGAUCUUUGACUACGAAACGACCGCGGAAGUGGCCUGUUUGGAUGGCCACAGCAGUCUUGUGCGCACCGUUCAGGCCCGCUUUGGCGAUCUCGACAUCACGACCGAUGAGGAGUUGCUGGCAGAGUCCCAGGAGGCUGAUCGGAAUUUCGUGAAAAGCCUCAAACAAGGCAUGACACCUCGUUCGCUCGGUCGUAGUGGAACGCGUCGGAAUGCAGGCUCUAGCAGGCCCGAAGAAAUGCUCAGCUUUGGUACGAAGAUUCCUCCUGGUGGAGGUGGUAGCAAGUGGGCGAGAAUUGUCUCCGGCUCGUACGACGAGACCGUCAUUAUCUGGAAGCGAGGUAAAGACGGCAAAUGGCGACCCAACUUUCGAUUGCAGCAAGGGGCACAUCUAGCUACCAUCCAGAACAGUCUCGGUAGUCAGCUGCACAAUCUUGCACAACUGCAAUACCAGCAGCAGCAGGCAGGCCCACACGCAGUCCAACAAGGCGAUCAAGCAGGUCCAUCAUCAGCCGCCGCAUCGAGUUCACGACCCUUGAAUACAGCCGCGCCCGCAGCCCCCGCCCACGCACAAGCUCAAAUCGCCGCGACAGCUCCCGUCCCGGCACCACAUACCGUCCAUCGAGCCACAACAGCAAUUGAAGCAGGGCCAAAUGCAACAGCAGCGCCAACCGCAGCACCAGCCCAGCCGCAGCCCAAUGCUCCACAUCAGAACGCUCACGCUCACGCCCACGCCCACGCCCACCACCAUCACCACCACGCGCCCGCUCGCGAGACGAAUCGCGUGUUCAAGUUACAAUUCGACGCGCGGAGGAUCGUGUCGUGCAGUCAGAAUAAAGUCGUCGUCGGUUGGGAUUUUGCGGCGGGGGAUCGCGAUUUGGAGUGGAUUGGGGAUUGGAGUGUGGAGACGGCUUGA